UGUUGACUGACGGUGAAAUACUGAUUUAUACACACCUCGCCUUGCUCCAAAAAAGAUAAUCAUACGCUCAAGACGAGCCCUUUGAUCACGCCGCUUCCUAUUCCUUCAAACCUCCCGGCUCGCCAAGUCCUUUUGAACCUUAGCACAAACUCACCACAACUCCUGCACAAGACAAGAUGGCCUCCGCCAUGGAGCUGGACAAGAUCCCAGAUUAUCUGGACAGUCUUCGCGAUGAUGCCCCCGAGGACCUUGUGCAUUACUUUCUCGAGUUUCAAGAUGCUUGGGAGCGCAAACUAUGGCACGAGCUCACAAACAAACUCCUAGAGUACUUCGAUCAACCUGGCAGUAAAAGCACCCGCUUGAGCCUGUACAACAACUUCAUCCGAACUUUUGCCGAGAAGAUCAAUAAGCUGAGCUUGGUGAGCUUGGGCUUGGUGGCUGCGCUGGAAUGUGAAGACAAAGCCGAGCAGCUGGCGAUGAAGAAGGCACUUGCAGACAGAGUGAAUAAGCCGGACUCACAAGAUGCAUAUGUGUUGGCUAGAGUCGCCAUCGCACAGGCAUAUCUGGAAGAUCAAGAUUUCGCCGAGGCUCGCAAGAUACUAGACGAAUGCGAAAGCAUACUCGACACAUUUGACUCCGUCGAAACCGUCGUACACGCCUCCUUCUACCGUGAAAAUGCGGAUUACUUCAAGGGUAAAUACGAGUACGCUCCAUUUUACAAAAACGCCCUCCUCUUUCUUGCCUGCGUCGACAUUGCCGACUUGCCCGUCCCUGAAAAGCGCAUGCGUGCCUAUGAUCUCGCUAUCGCAGCUCUCGUCUCGGACAGCAUAUACAAUUUCGGCGAGCUCUUGCUCCACCCAAUUCUUGAUUCGCUAAGCGGCACCGAGAAGUCGUGGGUGCGGGAUUUGCUAUUUGCGUUCAACCGCGGUGACCUCAAAGCUUAUGACAAACUGCGGCCAAAGAUUGAAGGGGAUGGAUUUCUAAGCCAGUUCCAGCGCGAUCUAUAUCAAAAGCUCGCGCUGUCCGCUCUCACAGAAACUGUCUUCAAGCGUGCGCCGCACGACAGGACCAUGACAUUUGCAGCCAUCAGCGCCGAGACCAAAAUCAAGAGCGACGAAAUCGAAUAUAUGAUCAUGAAGGCGCUUAGCUUAGGUCUUGUGAGGGGCAGCAUCGAUCAGGUGGCAGAGAUUGCACGAAUAAAUUGGGUUCAACCUAAGGUUCUAGACAAGGGACAGAUUAUGGGUAUGAGAACUAGGCUAAAAGAAUGGGAUGGAAGCGUGCAUAGGUUGGGGACAUGGAUCGAGCAGAAGGGACAAGAUGUGUGGGCUGCAUAAAAAAGACAUUCUUCUGCAAGGAUAAGAUUUCGGAUUCGGCCUUUAACAGACACGUGCAAUGGGUCAAGUUCUGUGAGAUUAAGCAUGCGCUAGAAGCAUCAGCAUGGAGUUUUGCGCGAGGACAAAUCCUGUGUAGUAUACUCUGUAGACGCAUAUGAUAUAGUCUGCACAGCUGACGGCGAAGUAAUGCAACAUUACAUUGGAAAGUAGAACACAUCAGAAUACGUAAACGAUUUUACAUUCUGUCACACA